UCCACUUGCUUAAUGUGCUCCAUCUUUGCUUAAAUAUACCUUAAUUUUUUCCAUAUCUUUUCUAUGGUUGAAACACUCAACACCCAGUAAAGCCUUCCCCCCCAACAAAAAUUGUUAUGUUCCCAUCACCUUUUUGACUUCAGGAAAAUAUACAUGAUCACUGAUGUUUAAAAUCUUGCCUUGUGGGUGUAAAUGUAUAAAUUGAUUUCUUUUGCUUUAUGAACAGCAGCACACCAAGAAAGUUUUCGUCCUUGAGGAAAUUUGAGCUUGCUCUUGAAAUGGCAGGCACUACUACUCUCUUUCGCUUACUUGUAAUCUUUCUGGGGAUUUCCCAUCUUAUCUGCUUGAAUGCUAUCCCAAUUACAAGAGUUGGAAGGUUACUGCAUGGAUCUCAUCAAGAUCUUCAAGUUCCAGAGGCUAUCCACAUGGUGGCUAAGGAGAGAAACUGGGAGGAAGAUAUGAAUCGUGGUGGGAGGAUGGCUGUGGAGCUAAAUGAUUACCCUGGAUCAGGAGCAAAUAAUCGCCACACUCCAAGGCCACCACAGUUUAACAGAUGUGGUGAUUGUUAGUGUAAUUUGUUUGUCUGCAACUAUUAGGUGGGCACUGGAUAAUGGAUAUAUCUAGUACUUGAUUACUGUUGUGUGGGCAUGCAGCUGUAGACGUGAUUUUGCCCAUCCAUAAGACAAUUAGGAAGUUCUUUAUUUAUUUAUCAGUUGGGGGCAAAGUUGAUAUGCUCAUUAGACGAGAGAUGGAGAGAGUUGUAUUAGAAAAAGAUAUCUCUAUGUAGUAAAACUCUUAAGAGAGUAUGUAAGAGCUUUUAGUUUCAUCUAUUAUAUAAUGAAAACUACUAAGUUGGGUGCUACAAAUUGAGCACUGUGUUCAAA